AUGAAGGCUGCCCUGGGGCUGCUCCUGCCCUGCUUGGUGCUGCUGGUCCCCUCGGCAGCGAUUCCAAGGAAGGGGAGAGCUGGGGAAAGGUUGGAGCUGGGCUUGCUGGAGGAGCUGAGCCUCGGAGCGGAGCAGAGCAAGAGGGAGAACUCCAGCUCGGAGGGACCCGGCGCGGCGGCGGGGUCCGGGCGGGCGGCUCCGGCUCGUCCCUUCCUUCAGCGGGAACCGGGGGCGAGGUGCCCCCGGGGGGUGGCUGAGGAUGGAGCCAUCGGCUGGGCCAGCUCCGGCCUGCAGCCGUGGCCUCUGGGUGGGCUGGAAGGACCUGUGUGCAGGGUGAGAAUGGACCAGCACAGGCUGAGCUCCAAGCACCUGGAAGUCGUGGGGGUUCUCACCCAGUACGAGAGUAGCUUCAUCAAGCUGCUGAGCCAAGGCACCGGCUGGGAUGGAAGCUCUCUGGAGACCUUUGGGCUCUGCCCAGCCGGGCAGGGAGCUGCUGCUCUCCAGCCCCUGAAGCUCAUCCAUGCACACACGGUGGAGCCAGGGCAGGACCGGGUCCUUGUGCUGCAUCUGGAGGAAGUGAAGUGGGAGGCCGAGGUGAAGCUGUGGUUCAAGCUGGUUUUCCAGGCAGAGGUGGGACAGUCGCUGGGAGAGCUGCAGGGGGCCCUGCUGCUCUUCUACCUGGGCAGCAGAGAAGGGCCAGGAGCUGGGCACCCAGAGGAGCUGCUGGCCACGGGCACGGGGCUGGCACAGGAGCAGAUCCUCUGCCUGUCCAGGGCCACCCAGUACCUGGUCCUGGCAGCUGCUGUGGCAUCCAUCACCCACACCAGGGAGCAGCUCAGCUUCCAGGCUUCCCUGGACAUCAGGCGUGGCAGAGAGGGAGGUGUCACCCUCACCCCCACGGAGACCCAAAAGCUCCUUUUUGGCUCUGAUGACAAAUGCUUCACCAGGAUGACCCCCGUGCUGCUGCUGCUGGCCAAGUCACAGCAGGAGGAGGUGGCCUUGGCCCCUUCUUCCUACCUCUCUGCUGACGGGGUGGUGGACAUGGCUCCCUACCCACAGCUCAGCCCACCCCAGGCUGGGACAGAGGAGCUGCCACCCCCCACGGCCACAAGCCAAGCCAACAGCUCCUUCCCAGCAGCCGACGGCAGCAGCCUAUUCCUGGGGGUCCUGACCCGCUUCAUCCAGCAGGUGCUGAGCACCUCCAGCGAGCCACCCACCCAGCCCAGCACCCACCACUGGCUGGACUUCCAGGUGAUGGAGACCCUCCCUCACCAGCUGCUCAACCUGUCGGAGGAGGCGGCCCUGGAGCGCUUGGUGCAGUCGGAGGAGCCCUCGGUGCUGCUCUUCUCCCAGGACAGCGGAGCGGUGCUGGAGCAGCACCUGGGCGCCUGGCAGCCGGAGGGCACCGUGCUGCAGCUGCUGACGGACAAGCUGCAGGCGCUCAUCCAGGAGCUGAGGGCCAUCCCUGCCUUCCAAGCCAACACGGGGCUGCUCCAGCAGCUCCUCCGCUUCUGCUACUUCCCGGCGGGGUCGGCGGAGGAGGCUGCGGCCCCGGCGCUGCCGGCGGGCUCCGGGAAGCUGCACACCCUGCUGCUGCUGAAGGCGCUGCAGACGGUGCGGGCUCGCUGGCAGGAGCGGGGCAGGGUCCUGCGGCAGAACCGCAGCGCUCGGCACCAGGCGCACUGCCGCCUGCAGGAGCUGACCAUCGACCUGCGCGACCGCAACUUCAUCGUCAUGCCCACGGUCUACGCCGCCAACAACUGCGACGGGCCCUGCAAGCUGCCCCUCUCCACGCGUGUGCCAAGCUACUACUCGCACACGGUGCUGCUGCUGGGCAUGCAGGAGCGGGGCUCGCCCCUGCACCGCCCCCCCUGCUGCGUGCCCGUCCGCUACUCCGACCAGCUCAUCAUCAGCCUCUCUGCACAGGGGCUGGAGGUCCGCAAGUUCCCCAACAUGGUGGCAGAGGAGUGUGGCUGUCGGUAG